AUGGGAUCCAAUUCUAGUUUACCAAAACUAUCAAUAACAAAUAAUAUUGAUUUAUUACAAAUAUAUACAGAACAUUCAAUGAAUAUUAAUUGUUUAACAAUAUAUGAAAAAGAUUUUAUAUUAGCAACUGGUUCAGAUGAUGGUAUAAUAUGUAUAUGGAAAUUGAAUUCAUUCAAUAUAUGUCAAUUAGAAUGUAUAUAUAAAUUAAAUGAACAUAAUGGUUAUAUCACUGAAUUAAUAUUUCAUAAUGAUUAUUUAAUAUCAUCAUCAUCAGAUGGUACAAUACGUAAAUGGAAUUUUAAUAUAGGAAAAUGUGAAUAUGUAAGAUUUGAUAUUGUUAGUGGUGGUGUUGUCCUUGUUGUUGUUGUUGUGGUGGUGGUGG